AUGAAGCUGCUGGGGGCUGUGCUGGUGACACUCACCCUGCUCCUCCCCGGAGCCUGGGGCAGCGAGGAGACCCGGACCUGCAUUUUCCAGACCCUCGGCGAGACCGACCGGGAAUUCUGCAGAGGGGGAUUGGAAGUGAUUUACCCCGAGGUGGGUGACGUGAGCUGCUCCUACAUCCCCAAGUGCCACGGCUACCGCCAGCGCCUGAGCCGCGCGUGGGGCGAGCCCCGCGUCCGAUUCCCCUGGGCCCGGAAGAACGAGAAAUACGUCCUGGUGAUGGUGGAUCCCGACUCUCCCAACAGAGCCAACCCCAAGUACCAGUUCUGGAGGCACUGGAUGGUCACCGACAUCCUGGGUUCGGAUCUGAGGGUUGGGAAGAUCAAAGGGAAGGUCCUGACAAGUUACAGCCGGCCCAAGCCCCCGCGCUACAGCGGCUACCACCGCUACCAGUUCCGCCUGUACCUGCAGCCGGAACACGAGACCAUCGCCCUGAGCGACGAGGAGAAGGACUCGCUGGGCACCUGGGACUUGAAGGAGUUCGUGGAGGAUUUUAAUCUGGGCCACCCUGUGGCUUCCACCCAGUUCCUCACCAAAAACUACAAGGAUUAACUCCGGCCAUCCCUUCCUUGUCCUGCGCAUCUCCACACCACAGAGCCACCUCUGCCCAGAGCAGAGGGGACCUCAGGACCCACGGAGGAUGAACCCACCCUGUUCCCAGCCCACAGCCACAGCAUCAACCCCAAACCCCUCCCUUCCCAAAGCCAAGUUCUCUCUCCCUGUGGGGAACGUGCCAAGAGGUGUCCCAGCUCGCCUGGGUAUCCCAGGAAUUCUGGCAUCACCCCUUAUCCUCCCUUCAGUCCCUUUUCUGGCUUGACC